AUGCAUUUAAAAUAUUUGUAUUACAAAAAUCCUUAUGUUGCAAAGUUUGGUGAUGCAUUAAAAGUUAUAGCUGGCUAGGAGGAACUUAAUCUCAUGCGUUAUCUAUUGAAUGAAAGGUCAAUUAUUGAUGUGUAUGUGGAGCAUGUAUGUGAUGAACCAGACAUUUUAUAUAUGCUUGAAUGUGGCAGUAUUCCAUGUGAUGCAGUUGAUGAAAUUAAUGAUAUAGGACCAAGUGUUGUGAAUAAAGACGUAGUAUAUGAAGAUGAUGAAUUCUUUGAUGCUGUACAUAGUGAGGGAGAAAUUAAUGAUGAAGAUGAGGAGGUUCAUGAUGAAGAGGAGGAGGUUCAUGAUGAUGAGGAUGAGAUUGAUGAUGAGGAGGUUCAUGAUGAUGAGGUUGAGGUUCAUGAUGAUGAGCAGAAUGAUGAGGAUGAAUUCCUUGAUGCUUUACUCAGUGAUGUAGAUGAUGAGGAGGUGGUUGAAGCCAUAGAUGAAGAUGAAGAGGAGUAUGAAUUCACUGUACGUGCAGAUGCAAGAACCAGAAGAAGUGCUGAUGUAUGGUUUAACCCUUCAUGGCCUGAUGUUGGGUUUGAGGUAGAGAUGAAGUUUGAGCAUGCAUCACAGUUUAAGGAGGCUCUAGCUAAGUACCAAAUACAGAAGGGUUGCAAGUUGAAAAUGGUGAAAAGUGACCUUGGGAGGCAUAGAAUUAAGUGUGAUGAUCCACAAUGCAAUUGCAAAAUAUUGGAAAAGGCUAAGAUUUUGAAGGAGAUGAAGGAAACUUCCAUAAAAGAGUUUGCACGGUUGAAAGGGUAUGUCGAAGAACUACUGAUGUUGUCACCUGAGUCGAAUGUGCAAAUUGAUACUGAGCCAGCCACAACACCAGAAGGGAAGCCACAGUUUAAGGGAAUUUAUGUUUGCUUAGAAGGAUGUAGAAAGGGUUUUCUACUGGGUUGUAGACCAAUGAUGGGAGUAUACACUUGUUUUCUUAAGGGGAUGUGUAAAGGAACCCUUUUGGUAGCUGUUGCAAAGGAUAGGAACAAUCAAAUGUUCCCAAUGACAUGGGCUAUUGUUGAUUCUGAGUGUACCAGUUCAAGGACAUUCUUCUUCAAGUGCCUAGCAGAUGAUCUAUCGAAUCACACUGGGAUAGACUUAACAUUUAUUUCAUAUCAGCAUCUUGUAAGUGUAACAUUUUCUGUUCAUUAACUUUGCAACAGUUUAUAUUGAUGUUACUUUAAUCAGAAAUGCCAUGUCCUUUAUGUAAUAUUCUUCUUUAAUUGAUCAUGACUCACUAACUAUCUUUUUUUUUUUUUGUUUAAAUUAAUCAUGAUUUGGUAG